AGAAAGAUGGAGAUGGAGAUGGAGCUGCCAGAGUGCCCAGUUUGUCUUCAAGACUACAACAGCGACGACACCGUCCCUCGUGUGCUCCCUUGCGGCCACUCAGCCUGCGAAGCUUGCCUGAAGCAGUUGCCUCUGUGUUUCUCCAACAUCAUUCGCUGCCCUGCGUGUACCCAACUCGUCAAAUACCCAGAAUUUCAAGGCCCUUCUGCCCUUCCCAAGAACAUUGACCUCCUGAGCUUCAUUAAUUCCCAAAACCCUAAAAACAUUAAUCCUUCACAAUCACGCAAUGUCAAUCGAUCUGGAGCUGAUGCUCCAAAACGUCGCGAGUUCUUUCCUCGCUUGUUAUGGUCUGAAGAGUUCUACUCCAAUUGGAAGGAUUGGAUUCUUCCUGUUGACUCCGUUUCGGUGGUGGAGAGAGGAGAGGAGUUGCUUCACUGUUGUGCACUCCGAGGAAAAAUUGAGUCUUCGUCUUCGUCUUCUGCUUCAUUUUCAACUCGUUGUUGGUUUCCAGAGGAGAAUCAGUUGGUAAGUCUUGUUUGCGUUGGGUAUUCUUCGGAGCCAGAUUCUGAGUUUAAAUUAAGCUAUGAUGCUAGAAUUAUGGAAGCUCUGAAUCGAUUGAAGGAGAGUGAGAGAACGGAAUUGGGUUUAAUUAUUAGAGUUUCGCUGAGACAACGUCGGGUGUGUAAGUUUUAUGGAUUAUGGAUGGAUUCUGAAGAUGGGUCUGUCUUUUUGGUCUGUGAAAAAUUUAACGGAGAUUUUUCAAAAAGAUUGAGUUGGUCGAUGAAUGUAGCUGUUGGUGGAAACUCGGAUGGAUUAACUGGUCUGGAGGGGCUAAAUUUGGAGGCAAAUGGUAAAAUAACUGCUUUUGCCAUGGUUGGUACAGAGCUAUGUGAAGCACUGAUGGGUUUACAUUCAGAAGGAUUAGUUAGUGGUUGUUUAGCUUUCUCCUGUUUCAGUUUUGAUGAAUUUGGUCACAUUUUUGUCGAUACAAAUGAAAUUUUAGUGAUGGGAAGGAGAGUCAGGAGGUACAUAUCAGAGGCUUCUCGGGCAAAAGGUGAUGAUCAUGAAAUUGAAUCACUAUUUGCCAAUCUAUCAGAUAUACAGUCAUUUGCAAGUCCAGAGCUACUGUUUGAACUAUUGAACUAUGAGCGCAUUACUGCUGAGAGUGGCAACUCAGGAUAUUCAAUUGGGUAUGGCUCAGACAUAUGGUCCUUGGCUUGUAUUUUGGUCAGGCUUCUUGUGGGAGACCGAUCCACAGAAGAGCUAUUCAAAGGUUUCUAUAUCAUUUUACCCAAAGUCAGUGAAGAAAACUGUUCUGGAUACCUGAGCCUUUACAAGGGUUGGAUGGAGAAAGUGGGCUCUGUGCUGGACAUGUGUUUGGGUUCAAAAUUUUCAUCCUUGCAGCAGAUUCUCUGCAGAUGUUUGAAUUUUGACCCAGCGCAACGUCCUCAUGCAACUGAAGUAUGGAGAUGCAUUAGAGAAUUACUUAUAAACCCUCAUAGUGAUACUGUGGCCAGUCUGGAUGCUACAAUUGUCCAGAGAAACCUGGUUCAUUGCUUCAUUCUUGGAGAUAUGUGUCAUUUGCACAAGGAAACUGUCAAAGAUUCAGAAAAUCAGAACAGAGAUGGGUUGCUGAGGAGUGACGGCAGCAGUGGAGCAGAUGUUGAUAAAGUUGGGGAUGAGAAAGUUGGCAAAGAUCUUAUUAAUGGCCUAUGUGUUGGUAGUUUAAAUUCUAUCAAUCUGCAAGCUCACCUAGAUUGCAUAUCAAAAUUGGCUGUUGGAGGGGGUUUUCUGUUUAGCUCCUCCUAUGAUAAAAUGGUCAAUGUGUGGAGCCUGCAGGACUUUUCGCAUUUACAAUCUUUGAAAGGUCAUGAGCACAGGGUAAUGGCUAUAGUCUUUGUGGAUGCAAAUGAGCCAUUAUGCAUAAGUGCUGAUAUUGGAGGUGGUAUUUUUGUCUGGAGCAUUGGCAUCUCUCUUGAUCAAAAAUCAUUAAGGACAUGGUAUGAGCCUAAGGACUGGCGCUACAGUGGCAUUCAUGCCUUGGCCAUUUCUGGAACUCAACAGCUUUAUACUGGCAGUGGUGACAAGUCAAUAAAAGCAUGGUCAUUGCUGGAUUACACCCUUACAUGUACUAUGACUGGUCAUAAGGCGACCGUGUCUUCAUUGGAAGUACGUGAUGGGGUUCUCUACAGUGGCAGCUGGGACGGAACCAUUCGUUUAUGGUCUCUUAAUGAUCACAGUCCUCUGACAGUAUUGGGGGAUGAUAUGCAAGGAAAUGUGAAUCCAGUUUUGUCACUUUCUGUAGAUCGUGAUAUGCUUGUUGCUUCUCAUGAGAAUGGAUGUGUGAAGAUAUGGAGGGAUGAUGUGAUCAUGAAAUCUUCUCAAAUUCACAGUGGUGCCAUAUUUUCCCUUGCCAUGGAUGGAAAAUGGCUUUUCAUGGGAGGUUGGGAUAAGAUUAUUGAUGUAAAGGAGUUAUCAGGUGACGAGCUUCAAUUAGAUACCAGACCUGUUGGGUCUAUUCCUUGUGAUUCUGUGAUAACAGCUUUGUUGUUCUGGGAAGGGAAACUUUUUGUAGGGUUUGCAGGUGGUCUUAUCAAGGAGCGUUUGGGUGGUCUUAAGAAGAACUGGAGUGACUACGCUAGCUUAAAUUACUGGGUUGUUCGGGACUACCAUCGUCUUGUGGAUUCUGUCAACGCUCUCGAGCCCCAAUUUCAAAGAUUGUCGGAUGAACAGUUGACUGCGAAGACUGAGGAAUUCCGUGGGCGUCUUAGACAAGGGGAAACACUCGCUGAUAUCCAAGCUGAGGCGUUUGCUGUUGUUCGUGAAGCUGCUAAAAGGAAGCUUGGGAUGCGUCAUUUUGAUGUGCAGAUCAUUGGUGGAGCCGUGCUUCAUGAUGGAUCCAUUGCCGAGAUGAAGACGGGUGAGGGAAAAACUCUGGUUUCUACAUUAGCAGCUUAUCUUAACGCACUCACAGGGGAGGGUGUCCAUGUGGUAACUGUCAAUGAUUACUUAGCUCAGCGUGAUGCUGACUGGAUGGGUCGUGUUCACCGUUUCCUAGGUUUGUCUGUGGGUCUUAUCCAGGGGGGAAUGGCAGCCAAAGAAAGGAGAUCCAACUAUAACUGUGACAUAACAUACACCAAUAAUUCUGAACUUGGCUUUGACUACCUCCGAGACAAUCUUGCUACUAGCAGUGGACAACUUGUUAUGAGAUGGCCAAAGCCAUUUCAUUUUGCGAUAGUUGAUGAAGUUGACUCUGUGCUUAUUGAUGAAGGGAGGAAUCCCUUGCUAAUAAGUGGUGAGGCUAGUAAAGAUGCUGCACGAUAUCCAGUUGCAGCCAAAGUGGCUGACUUACUUGUACGCGAUCUUCAUUAUAACGUGGAACUUAAGGAUAAUUCUGUGGAGUUGACUGAGGAAGGAAUUGCACUCGCUGAGAUGGCACUUGAAACUAAUGACCUAUGGGAUGAGAAUGAUCCUUGGGCGAGAUUUGUGAUGAAUGCCUUGAAGGCCAAGGAGUUCUAUCGACAGGAUGUGCAAUACAUUGUUCGGAAUGGAAAGGCACUCAUUAUUAAUGAGUUGACUGGGAGAGUUGAAGAGAAAAGGAGAUGGUCCGAGGGCAUUCACCAGGCUGUAGAGGCUAAAGAAGGUCUGAAGAUCCAGGCUGAUUCAGUCGUUGUGGCACAAAUCACAUAUCAAUCUUUGUUUAAGCUCUAUCCAAAGCUUGCAGGAAUGACUGGAACUGCAAAGACUGAAGAGAAGGAAUUUUUGAAAAUGUUCCAGAUGCCGGUCAUUGAAGUGCCCACAAAUUUACCUAAUAUCCGAAAAGAUUUACCUGUUCAAGCUUUUGCGACUGCACGUGGGAAAUGGGAAAACGUCUGGAGAGAGGUUGAGUACAUGUAUAGACAGGGCCGACCUGUUUUAGUUGGGACCACAAGUGUCGAGAAUUCUGAAUAUUUAUCUGAUCUGCUGAAGGAACGCAAUAUUCCCCACAAUGUUCUUAAUGCACGACCUAGGUAUGCCGCAAUGGAGGCUGAGAUUGUUGCUCAAGCUGGCCGAAAACAUGCAAUUACCAUUUCCACCAAUAUGGCUGGAAGAGGCACUGACAUAAUCCUUGGUGGAAACCCAAAAAUGCUUGCCAAAGAAGUAAUGGAGGACAGCUUACUUUCGUUUUUAUCACAAGAAGCCCCAAAUGUUGAUAUUGAUGGUGAGACGAUUUCCCAGGGUUUGUCAAAGAUGAAGAUUGGACCAUCUUCAUUAGCUUUGCUAGCUAAAACAGCGCUUAUGGCUAAAUAUGUCUCCAAAAGCGAGGGCAAGGGAUGGACAUAUCAGGAUGCAAAGUCUUUGAUUUCAGAGUCAAUUCAAAUGAGUCAGUUAAUUGGAGAGCAAGAUCUAGAAAAGCUUCUGGCUGAGGAAUCUGAUACCUAUCCUCUUGGUCCCACCAUAGCUCUUGCAUAUCUUUCAGUUUUGAAGGAUUGUGAAACACAUUGUUUCAAUGAAGGGUCUGAGGUCAAAAGGCUUGGGGGACUUCAUGUGAUCGGAACAUCCCUGCAUGAGUCGCGGAGAAUAGACAACCAGCUCCGUGGGAGAGCAGGCAGACAAGGUGAUCCUGGAUCAACACGUUUUAUGGUGAGCUUACAGGAUGAGAUGUUUCGGAAGUUUAAUUUUGACACUGAGUGGGCUGUCAAACUGAUAUCAAAGAUUACAAAUGACGAGGAUAUCCCAAUUGAAGGCGAUGCCAUUGUAAAACAGCUUUUGGCGUUGCAAAUAAAUGCUGAGAAGUAUUUCUUUGGUAUAAGAAAAAGCCUGGUUGAAUUUGAUGAAGUAUUAGAGGUGCAAAGAAAGCAUGUCUAUAAUCUAAGGCAAUUAAUAUUGACAGGUGAUUCUGAAAGUUGUUCACAACACAUUUUCCAGUACAUGCAAGCUGUUGUAGAUGAGAUUGUCCUUGGAAAUGUUGAUCCACUGAAGCAUCCAAGAAGUUGGACUGUGGGCAAGCUCUUGCAUGAGUUUAUUGAAACUGCGGGGAAAAUAUUGGCUGUUUCAUUUGCAGGUGUCACGGAGGAAGCUUUACGGGAAUCACUUGAACAGAGACAUAAACUUAGCUCUAUAGAUAUCAAUAACCUUGCUCUUCCUAAUUUGCCAAUGCCUCCAAACGUUUUUAGAGGAAUCCGUAGAAAGAGCUCAGCCUUGAAACGUUGGCUUGCCAUAUGCACUGAUGAGUCAAUUAAGAAUGGAAGGUACCAGCAGAUCACUAAUAUUCUCCGCAAAUACCUUGGGGACAUUUUAAUUGCUGCUUAUUUGGAUGUCAUAGAAGAAUCUGGUUAUGAUGAUGCAUAUGUUAAGGAAAUUGAGAGAGCAGUUAUUCUGAAGACACUCGAUUGUUUCUGGAGGGACCAUCUGGUAAACAUGAACAGGCUUAGUUCAGCGGUGAAUGUCCGGAGUUUUGGGCAUAGGAAUCCACUUGAAGAAUACAAGAUUGAUGGUUGUCGUUUUUUCAUUUCAAUGCUUAGUGCAACUCGAAGGUUGACAGUACAGUCGCUCCUGCGGUAUUGGUCAUCCCCAAUGGAGUCUAACGAGCUAUUUGUAGCAUAGAAACACAUCUUUUGCUGUAAUUAAAUCAUUGUUUUUAUUA